AUGUCGGAGGAUCGGGAGGACUUUGUGAAGGGAAACCCGGAGCUGAACAAGUUCCCGGAGGACAGUGCGGUGGUAGUGGAAGCCAUCGGGCUGCUCAGACACAGGGCGGAGGAGGACAGCAAUCACUGGCCACAGGGACUGUCCGAUCAAUUCCUCCUGAGGUUCCUCCGAGCCCGGGACUUCUGUAUAGAGUUGGCGCUCAAGUUAUUGAAAAACUACCACAGGUGGAGGAAGGAAUGUCCAGAGAUUACUGCAGACCUGAAGCCAUCUCUUCUUCUUGACCUGUACAAUUCUGGCUACCAUGGAGUCCUAAGGUCAAGGGAUGCUUAUGGCAGCAAAGUUCUUAUUUACAGGAUUGAUAAGUGGGACACAAAGCAGUUUUCUGCGUAUGAAGUGUUUCGAGUAAGCUUGAUAACGUCAGAGCUUAUAGUGAGAGAUGUAGAGACACAACGGAAUGGCAUUAAGGUUAUAUUUGACCUGGAAGGAUUUGGACUGGCCCAUGCAUUUCAAGUCACCCCAACUUUGGCCAGAAGAAUAGCUUCAGUUAUGACAGACUCUUUCCCUCUUAAAGUUCGUGGAGUACACUUAAUAAAUGAGCCUUUAUUCUUCCACCCAGUAUAUACUCUAAUCAGGCCGUUCCUACCUGACAAGAUUAAAGAACGGGUGAGUGAGCUAAAAAUAUAUAUGUACAGUACUGUGAAAAAGAUUUAG